ACAUUCGUCUAGACGUCCGUCGUGGUGAAGCGAACAUACCGAUCUCGCGAGACCUGCACACACGCUGCCGGCCACGAACGUGCAACGUGGUUUGUGCAGACCUGGAUAACAUAUUCCUGGGCCAAACACCGAAGAUCCGCUGCUUGAGAUAGAAAAAAAUGGAGUCUAUUUCUAGGAAGGUCAAGGUUUUUGACGCUUUCUCGAAAGUGGCGCCUGAAGCUUCAGUGCGUUCUCAGCGCGGCGGGCUCUCAACAGUACUCACCGUGUUGUGCAUGCUUAUGAUCAUGUGGGUCCAAAUCGGCGGGUUUCUUGGUGGGUACGUUGAUCGCCGGUUUGCCGUGGAUAAUGAGAUUCGGCUGUCACUUGAUAUCAACGUUGAUUUGGUGGUGGCAAUGCCUUGCCAGUUCCUCGCGACCAAUGUCAUGGACAUCACUAGUGACACGUAUAUGGCGGGCGAAGUGCUCAAUUUCCAGGGCGUUGGGUUUCAUGUUCCGGAGCCUUUUAAAGUCAACAGUGAAAACAAUGAACACGAGACGCCCGAGUUGGACGAAAUCAUGCAAGAAACACUUCGGGCAGAGUACAGUAUUUCUGGGGCUCGCGCCAACGAGAACGCACCUGCGUGCCAUAUUUUCGGCACAAUCCCCGUGAAUUACGUCAAGGGCGAGUUCUUCAUCAUCGCGAAAGGCCUGGCAUUCAGAGACCGCCUGGUGGUGCAACCUGAGCUGUACAACUUCUCCCACGUGGUGUAUGAGUAUUCGUAUGGAGAUUUCUACCCGGUCAUCAACAACCCUCUUGACUUCACUGCCAAAGUGUCGGACAACAAACUCCAGCAGUACAAAUACUUCACAAAAGUGGUGCCUACGCUUUACGAAAAGCUCGGGAUCUUGGUGGACACAUACCAGUAUGCGCUUACAGAGAUCCACCACGUGCUGCACCCCAGAGAUAUGCAGCCUGCUGGCAUUUACUUCGCCUACUCUUUCGAGCCCAUCAAGCUCACUAUCCGCGAAAAGCGUAUUCUGUUUAUAGCGUUUGUGGCGAGACUUGCGACGAUUCUCUCGGGGCUUCUCGUGGCAGCAGGGUAUUUGUUUAAGCUCUACGAAAAGAUUUUGAGAGUUCUUUUUGGAAAGCGUUACACUGAAAGGAGCACCGAGAAGAAGGAAGGCGGGCUUCUUGAUCGCCCCAAGCCAGCCCCGAAGAGCUACUAAUAUUAUUUUAGACCAGCUAGAGAAUUGUCUUUCCCAGUGGUGC